AUGACACCUAAUUUUCUCAUUUCAAGAUUAAUUGCUUCAUCAUUCACAUACUGCAAGACUACCCAAACUCAUUUGGGUUCUCUGCUUCAACACAAUGCUUUCCUUUCUUUCUUCGUCACUUCACGCACCUCUUCUGAUUGUGAAUCAGAUAGAAACCAUCACAAAGGUGACACCUUUACCAUAUCUUACCUCAUAAACUCAUGUGGGUUGUCCCCACAUUUGGCUAAGAAGCUCUCCAAAAGAGUGAAUUUGAAAAACCCAGAUGGCCCAAAUGUUGUUCUUGAUCUUCUCAGGAACUAUGGGUUCUCUAAAGCUCAGAUUGCAAAACUUGUGGAGAAACAUCCAUUGGUGCUUGUUGCAAGAGUACAGACUACCCUUUUGCCUAAACUCAAAUUCUUCUGUUCUAUUGGGGUUUCCACCAGAGACAUGCCAAAGAUCCUAAUUGCUAACUACCUUCUCUUGGCGAGGAGCUUGGAGAAUUGCCUUAUCCCUCGUUAUGAGACUCUCAGAAGUGUGAUUAGUGAUGAUCAGGAAGUUGUUAGAGCUUUGAAAAAUUCCCGAAUUAAUUUUAUAGCUUCUGACAUAAUGAAUGAUUUGAUUCCAAACAUUAAGGUUUUGAGACAAUGCAGUGUGCCACAAGCUUCCAUCUCUCUGCUUAUGGUCAAUUUUCCAAGUGCAGCAUAUGCAAAGCAUUCCAAAUUUGUGGAAGCUGUCAAGACAGUUAAGGAAAUUGGGUGUAAUCCUUUGCAAACAACUUUUGUCAUGGCUGUCCAAGUGAUUUUAGGUAUGAGAAAAGCAACGUGGGAAUCGAGAUUUGAGGUUUAUGAGAGAUGGGGCUGGAACCGUGAAAUGACUCUUGGAGCAUUUAGAAAAUUUCCCAAUUUUAUGAAGUUGUCAGAGGAGACAUUUUCGCAAAAAAUGAGUUUCCUAGUGAAGGAUAUGGGUUGUCCAUCAGAAGAUGUUGCUGACUAUCCUCCGGUUCUUGCCUACAGCUUGGAGAAAAGGAUCACUCCCAGAUUCUCAGUAAUUAAAAUCUUGAAAUCAAAAGGUUUGGUUGAGAGUAAUUUGCAUUUCAGCUCCUUUAUGUGCCCAACUGAGGAAAAUUUUAUGAAGAAAUUUGUUAUCAAUUUUCGGGAAGAUGAGCCUCUCCUACUAGAUGUCUACAAAGGUUUUAUUGAUCAUCAGAAUGUAAUAUAGUCUUUGAAGGUUUUUGCAGGCUAUUAUCCUAACUUCUAACUCUUCUCUUUCAGUGCUAAAUUGAACUUUGAGUUUCUUCAACUUUUACUUUCUGUGUCAACAUUUUGUGUUACAUUU